CUCACCGGCCACGGCUAGCUGCAUUCAGCCGCAGCGGACUAAAAAGAAACGACAUGCCAAAGCCAUAAAUAGUUACUUACCACCCUGAGAGUUGCAAACCCAUAUUAUCAUGGGAAACAAGCUUCUGUUGCGUUCAAACUCAUGUGUCAAACCUCCCACAGCAUAAACUGCACCAUGGCGUCCGGCACCACCACUAUCGCCUCAUCCUCCCCCUCAGCUCCCCCCUACCACCAGAUCCGGGCGCUGUACGACGACGACACCAUAACCGUCUACCAGGCCUACUCAGCCGCCAUCGCCGACGCGGCGGUCGCGGCGCAGCGGCUGGACGCGUCGCCGCUGUUCCGCGCCGCGCGCAUGACGUGGAUCAAGCCGUCGUGGGGCUGGAUGCUGUACCGCGCCGGGUACUCGUUCAAGGACGCGCGCCAGGAGCGCAUCCUCGCCAUCCGCGUCCGCCGCGCCUGCUUCCUCGGCCUGCUCGCCAGGGCCGCCCUAACGCAUCACCGCCACCCCGCCCCCGGUGCAGGCACGACCACGACGACCACGACCACGACGACAGAGAAGCAAGGGGAAGAGGGCGAUCAGGGGGAGCUCGAGGUGCGCGGGAGGGGAGAGGUGGUCAGGGUGCAGUGGGACCCGGAGCGCACGGUGCGGCUCGAGCGGCUGGGCCACCGCAGCAUACAGAUCGGCAUCCCCGGCGCGCUCGCAGCGGGCUGGGUCGAGAGCGGGAUCGCGGGCAUCGAGGACGUCACGGGGCGGGCGCGGGAACUCAAGCGCACGCUCGACCGGGACCCGGGCGUCUCCGACCAGCAGCUCGUGGAGCUGGGCCUGGUGCCUGUAGAGAGGCCGUUUGAGGUGUCGGAGGAGCUCCAGGACCUGCUCGGGAUGCGGUGAUGGCGGACCACCGCUCCGACAUCUGGGCUGCGGAAUGGAUGGGUCGACACCGGCGUCCAGCGUUUAUGCCCUGCCCAAUCUUGACUUUGAGCGCGGUGGUCAUCGGCUUGCAGAUUAGGAGGUCCACAUCGCGCGCGACGCGACGGGGCGAGGACGUACACGGCGUCGAUACAGGGUGCCGGACGUCGGCGGGUGUCCUCUACUUUUUCUUUCUUUUUUUCUGCUGUGAAACUGUAGAAAUGUCCGCACCAUCCAGGUGUUAAUUGAUUACCACGAUGUGCAUCCAUUGUCACCACCACAGCUAUCGGCGAACUACCCCCAUCACUGCCGGGCUGUAGGCCAACUGUGCGAGUCAAA